UAUGAAGUUUAUAAGUCUGUUAUCUGUGAUUACUUGAAGCUUAAUAAAUUUAAUAACUUUUAAUCUAUUAUUAAUUUACUUUUACCUAAAGUUCUUCUGUUGCAUUAUUUUGUAGGAUAAAUUAUUUAACAUCAAUUAGGUCCAUUUGACAUUCGUUGAGCUAUGGAAGAAGUGAUCGUAUAAUUUUUAGCGGGAAACUUGGAAGUAUACAUCGGUUAUAAUGAAUAACUUGGAUUUGAAAGGGUUACUUGAAAAAUUCACUAGGAUAAAUGAACUAAGUAAGAAGGCAAUAGAAGAACUGAGCCAUCAUAUUGAUGCAGAUGUGUCAAAUGAGAGUUUUAGAAAUAAUUUAUCAUUUUCUAUUCAAUCUCUGAACAAAGAGGCAGAUGAAUUGAAAAAACUACAUAGUGAAAUAUCAACAGAGAAUUUGAAAUGCUCAGAAGUAUCUUCUGUACCAGAUACAUCUAUAAAUGACCCGAGAAAUGACCCUAUACAGCAUUCAACAGGGGCCUGUAUUGAUAAACCUAAUGCAGAACUUAAUAGAGAGUUAUCUCUCACAGGCUGUGAGGAAAAUAGUAAAGAAUACUCAAAUGAAAAAUCUAUUACAAAACUAAACGGCCCUGGGGAAAAGAACAAACAAUGCUUAGAUGCAUCAAACAAGUUAGAUGAAGAUAGUAAUUUAUCUUCUGAUGCAGUCAAGGAUGAUGAUACUCUUGCAAUGAAUAAAAUACAUGGAACUAUGGACACAAUUACAGCUGAUGAUGAUGAUACCCUUACAGAAGUUAGAACUGACUCAAGUAAAGAAGAAGCUGGAGAAACUAAACCAAUGUUGAAAAUAAUAGAUUUUGAAAAACUUGUAGAUCCCCGCAAUUUGGUGUUAAUGAAUAAAUCCUAUCAAAAUAACACGAAACCUCAAGAUGUAUCAAUCAUUGUUUUGAGCAGUUCUGAAGAUGAAGUUUCAUCAAAUAAUGAAGAAAAUAUUUCAAAGAAAAAUGAACAAGGAUCAAUUAGAAGUUCAAAUAAUCUUCAAAAUAUACUUUCAUCCAAUCAGAAUGAAUUAUUGAAGGAUAUUAAGUUUCAAAGUAAACCUUAUGUUAAAUUAUUGAGAAUGCAAUAUGAGAAAAUGAAAAGUUUACUGGCAUCUAGUCAAAAAGAGCAUGAGCAUGAAAGAAAUCUGAAGAGGAAAUAUUCUAGUUCUUCAUCUGAUGAAUUGUUUUUGAAUGAAUUAAAAGAAAAGAAAAACUUGAGGCAUAGCCAAAAAUUGAAUACUACUGAAGAUGAGAAAGGAAGUAAAUCAAAAAGGAAAUGUAAAUAUAGAUCAAACAGUCAUAAAAAACGCAUUGAAAAUUCUAAGGAAAUUGGUUCUGAUUCAUCUGAAGAUGACUGUAUUCAAAGAAAUAGUGAACUUGAUGAUCGUUAUAAAAAAGCACUCGAGAAGACAAAAGAAAACAAUAAGGAAAGGGACUCUGCUAAUUUGUCCAGUAAUGAGCAAGUGGAUGAGAACAAUAUAGAAAGUGAUGUAGGUAUAGAUAAUACAGAUGUUCCCCUGAGUAUUCUUGAAGAAGAUCAGAAUUCUACUAUAAGUAAAACCUCAAAUGAUAAAAAUAGUGAGAAGAAUGAUAAUAGCUCAGAAGAAAAUUCUGAGUCAUCUUCAAACAAGCAGAAAAAGAGAUCAGAAGAUAAGAAUAAAAAGGAUUCAACAUUGAAGGAAAAGGGCCCUUCCACUUCAUCCAUGAGUGGUGACGAUACAAACGAUGAUCCCCUAACCACCAAAUCGAAAAAAAACUCAGAAGAAGUUGUUGUCAGUUCAAAUAAUUCAGACGAUUCUGAUUUUGACACUUUCUUCAAGAAAAACAGAUUUAAACAUUCAAAGAAAAUUAAAGAACUUUCUGAUUCUGAGGAGGAACAGAACAAAAAUGAGGAAACACAGUGUAAAGAGAAUGAUAAUAAAAAGACAAGUUCAUCAAGUGAUAACCUUUCAGAUGAAGAAAUGGAAAAAAGACAAGGCCAAAGAAGACGAAGGAUCAGAAAAAUGGAUGAUGACAGCAGUGAUAGCAAUGAGGCUACAACAAGAAGAAAAAUUAAAAAGUUAAUUUCCAAAGACUCUUUGUCUGAUCAAACAAAGAAAGCUGCAGUAGAAGAAAAUGAGAGGAAACAAAGGAUAUUAGAAAAACAGAGAAAAUAUAAUCAAAUAUAUGAAUCUUCGGACCUACUGAAUUCCAAAGUUGAGAAACUUAUUUUGGAUGUCGAUGAAGUAACUGAACAACCAUUACUACAAGUCGAUAAGCAUUUAGCCUCUAAACUGAAACCUCAUCAAGCCAGUGGUAUUCAGUUUAUGUGGGAUGCCUGUUUUGAAUCAAUAAAGAGAAUUGAAAAAUCCUCAGGAUCUGGAUGUAUAUUAGCUCAUUGUAUGGGAUUGGGAAAAACAUUACAGGUUAUCGCCUUAACAAAUACACUUCUAGAGGAAAAAAAAACUAAAGUCAAGAAGGUUUUGAUCGUUACACCAUUGAGUACAGUGUUAAAUUGGAAAGCUGAAUACAAGAACUGGCUGUCUGGGGAAGAAAGUUAUGAGGUUUAUGAAUUAGCCAGUGUGAGAGCACAAAACUCAGAGAGAUCGUGUUAUGUUAAAGAAUGGCAUGAAAAUGGUGGGGUUAUGCUAAUAAGUUAUUCUAUGUUUAGGAAUUUGAGUAAUGAAAAAAACAGAAAAAUAAGUAAAAAGAUUCGCACCAUUUUUAUUGAAGGGUUGGUUGAUCCAGGACCCGAUUUAGUAAUCUGUGAUGAAGGUCAUUUACUUAAAAAUGAAAAAACAAGCAUUUCUAUUGCAAUGAACAAAAUCAAAACCCGCCGAAGAAUAGUUCUUACUGGUACUCCUUUACAAAACAACUUGAAGGAAUAUUAUUGUAUGGUACAUUUUGUUAAACCCAGUUUAUUGGGAACAUACAAGGAGUAUUUAAACCGUUUUGUAAAUCCUAUAACGAAUGGACAGUAUACAGAUUCCACACAAUAUGACAUCAAUCUCAUGAGACGAAGAUCUCAUGUUUUGCAUAAACUUUUAGAUGGAAUUGUGCAAAGGCGGGAUUAUUCAGUCUUAUCGCCAUAUCUUCCACCCAAAUUUGAAUAUGUCCUCUUUUUAACACUAACUGAAACACAGAAGAAACUUUAUGCUCAUUACUUAGAACAUAAGGCAAAGAACUGUAAGGAAGGAUCAAAUAGAGCUUCAUUUUUGUUUCAAGAUUUUCAAGCGUUUUCACGAAUAUGUAUUCAUCCUCGUGUUCUUUUGGAUAAGAGCAUUGAUGACCAACAAAAAUAUCAGAGUGAUGAGGAGUCUAUUGGGUCAUUGAAGGAUUUUAUCGAUGAUGAUUCAUCUACUAGUACUCCCAACUCAUCAGAUUCUGAGUCUGAUUCAAAUAGAAAAGAGAAAAAAAAGGUUACUAAAAGGGUUACUAGGUCAAAUAAGGACAAUCUAUCAGAUUCUGAUUCUGAGGACAGCAAACUGGAGACUGAGAAAGAAUGGUGGCAAGAAUAUUGUGAUGGAGAAGAACUAGAUAAUAUAGCAAAUAGUACAAAAAUUUUAAUGCUCUUUGAGAUAUUGAAAGAAUGUGAGCAAAUAGGAGACAAAGUUUUGGUAUUCUCCCAAUCCUUAUAUGCACUGAACGUUAUAGAAUAUUUCUUAGAGAAAGUAGAUGAAGCGACUCAAAAUGAUGAGGCUGACGAAAAAACAUGUGGAUAUAGUGGAAAUUGGUCCCCUGGAUUAGAUUAUUUUAGGCUUGAUGGUUCAACCAAUUGUAGCUUAAGAUCUGAAUAUUGUGACAGCUUCAAUAAUGAACGUAAUUCUAGAGCAAGAUUGUUCUUGCUUUCUACUAGAGCUGGAGGAUUAGGCAUAAAUUUAGUGGCUGCAAACAGAGUGAUAUUAUUUGAUGUUUCUUGGAACCCUUCUAGUGAUAUACAAAGUAUCUAUAGGGUGUAUAGAUUCGGACAAUUAAAGCCUACUUACAUAUACAGAUUUGUUAUGUAUGGAACUAUGGAAAUGAAAAUAUAUGAACGACAAGUAACCAAACAAGCUAUCUCUAAGAGAGUAAUUGAUGAGCAACAGAUUGAUAGGCAUUAUAAUCAAAGUGAUUUAGCUGAAUUGUAUAAAUUUGAAGAGCCAGAACUAGACGUAAGACCUAUUCCUUUAGUACCUAAAGAUGUGCUUUUGGGGGAACUACUUCAGAACCAUGAGGAUAAAAUUUAUAAAUAUCACGAGCAUCAAACUCUUCUGGAGAAUAAAGAGGAUGAAACUUUGAAUGAAGAAGAGAGGAAAGCAGCUUGGGAUGAAUUUGAAAACGAGAAAGUGGGAAGAGCAAAAAUGGCAUAUAUUGGAAAAUUCUCGACCAGUACAGUACAAUUAGCUUUAAGGAACAUUAUUCACAGAGAUAAUCCCACUUGGAAUAAUAAUCAAAUAUUAUCAAUUAUUCCUCAACUUAUUCAACAAUUAAAUCUGCAAUUGAAUAUAGGGGAUAAAACUAUGUACAACAGAAUAGCAACUGAAGUACAAAAUAUGCAGAACGAGUAUGCUAGAAGAAUGCAAAUGCAAUUAUAUCGAAUGCAGUUAGCAGGACCUAACCAUCAAUUAGCGAAUGCGUAUCAGCAACAAUUACAGUUUAUGAAUAUGGGUACCAGGUUUCCCUUUAUGGGACCAAACGCUGGUGCUAGUAACAUGAAUCCUAUAACUGACAGUAUUAACCCUAAUGACGUAGUGGAACUAAAUUAGAGACUGUGAACAUUCAGAGUACUACAAUACAUUACUUUCAGAAAUGGGGUUUGGAUUUUGAAAAAAUGUUUUUUUAUGUUGUCAAUAUUUUUAUAUAUUUAUGAAAUAUGUAAUAUAAAUUUAAUUCUC